CUCCAUUCCCAUUCACUGUUGACGACAGGAGGACCCAAUUCCCACUUGCUGAUGAAAGAGAAGAGUAAUUUAAAGAUGGCGGAGUGCAUGGCAGCACGUUUGGCCGCGCAAGCGGAGCAGAUAAAGCUCCUCACUCGGGAAUUUAGCAUCUUACGAGACGGGCUAAAUGGUGGUCCAGACGUAGCCAGCAUUCUCGCCAGUUCUCCGGAGCUGGAGAGCUUACGGAGCGAGAAUGAGAAGCUCAAAUUUCGUCUCGUGCACCUCCGCCGGGGUCUCCAGGAAGAGCUCGCGAUGGAGGGACAGGGCAAGGGAGGCACAAACAAAGGCCAGGAGAAAACAGGGAAAGAACAACAACAACAACCAAAGAACCGCAAUGCUGAUAAUAAUAAGGUAGCUAGCUAACCACCUUAGUGCAUGUAUAAUUGUGUGGUUGUUGUAUGUGGCAUAUAGCUUGCUGUCCUAGUCCAGCUAGUAGUAGCCUAGGCAGCCUAUAGUGUUCGCUAGAUACAUUAUCCAGCCAUCUGCCAGAUAAUAAUAGGGUUGUCGCUAGCUUCCAUGGCCACAAAGUAAUAAUUAUGCCUAAACCCCUCCCAUUUCUACAAUUUAUCUUAUUAACAUUUUAUUUUAAACCUAAACACACUGCCAACCUUAUGCCUAACCCUCCCCUGCCCCAUGGUCUCGAAAUAGGUUGACAGCUCUGUGUGUAGUCCACUGAACAUGCUUAUGGAAUAUCAUAUGGAUAUAAGACCACAGUUCUUUCUUGUGGUUUACACUAAGUUGAACGUCAAUGACAAUAUUUGCAUGUUUUUGUUCACCUAUAAAUCAAACCUUUGAUUUUGCACAUCUGUGCAGGCAGCAACUCAUGAGACCAAACCUGCUGCUCAUAAGAACAACAAGAGGGAGAAGCCAGAGAACAACAAGAAAGAGAAGCCAGAGAACAACAAGAAAGAGAAGCCAGAGAAGGCACAGGGAGGAGGGGGCGGUGGCAGAGAGGUAAUAAUUAGGAACAUUACCUCCUGAAGGUCCAAAAUCCCAUCCAUCUAUUCUAGAAUUCUCAUGCAUGCAAUCAAGCUUCCCUUCAAAGUUGUGCCAUAUCUUUACCAAUACCCAAAUAAUUCCCCCCAGUUGCUUUCCCUAAGUUCCUAUAAAUCACCAUGUUACUCUUUCCAGCUGAAACCGUGGCCUGGCUACAUCUCGGAGCGCAUGCAGCUGUAUGAGGAGCUGAAACAGGAGAGUGAUGCCCUGCUGGCCAGGAGAGCUGCAGACAGCCAGCCCAUCACUGUGGAGCUGCCAGAUGGACGCAGGGUGGAGGGUCAGGCAUGGGUCACUACCCCCUACCAGCUGGCCUGUGGCAUCAGGUGAGGGAUCUGGAGCUUAUCUUGGACCAUGAUAUCCCGGUCCCAUAUCUUUUUGUGCUGUGCAGUCAACUCCUAUGGCCAUUGUCAUGGCAAAAACGGCAGCAUAGACAAACCUGGGACCAGGUUAGGAGGACCAUGAUGUUACUGGGAGACAUCAGUUGCACCCUCUGUCUUUGCCAUUGUUUGUAUCAGCACAUGAGAACUAUGUGGUGAUGGUGGUAUAUCGUAUUUCUCUCAGUCAGGGCCUGGCUGACAAUGCAGUGAUUUCCCGGGUGAACGGGGACCUGUGGGACAUGGACAGACCUCUGGAGAAGAGCUGCUCACUGGAGAUCCUGCGCUUUGACAAUGACGAUGCCCAGGCUGUGAGUAUAAUGUGCCCUUUGGGCUAUCGUACUCUCUAAUCUCUAUAGUCUUUGUUCUUGGAGGUAGUAACAGAGAUGUUUCCGCUCCUUGUUUCAGGUAUACUGGCACUCCAGUGCUCACAUCCUUGGUGAGGCCAUGGAGCGUUUCUAUGGAGGCUGUCUGUGUUAUGGACCACCCAUUGAGAAUGGCUUCUACUAUGACAUGUUCCUCGAUGGACCCCAGUAAGCAUCUAUCAUUGUUAAGAAAAAAACAGGCUUCCAGUCUCCUUUAUAAAAGAAUGAGCAGAAAUGAUACAGAGCUGGUGUAGUGAGUAGCCAAUGACAUGUGUUGUUACUGAGGGUUCUGUUUGACCUGUGUCCUGUCCUGGCCAGGGGGGUUUCGAGUACAGAGUUUGACUACCUGGAGGCACUGUGCAAGGCUGUGGUGAAGGAGAAACAGCCCUUCGAGAGGCUGGAGGUCAGCAAGGAGACCCUACUGAAGAUGUUCAAGGUGAGAGGAGAGGACCGCUACACUGCACUACAUUGGCAUCUCUCCACCCUUUGGUGAAAGAUUGUAGCUCGAUUAUAUAAUGUGUUAUAGAUGUUUCUUAUUCAUUGGGGUUGUGAGUAGAUGGGCAGCAAUUGGUAUCUAUUUUUUUCCAAUCUGUUUGCGUCCAUAAUUUCAGUACAACAAAUUCAAGUGUCGCAUUCUGAAUGAGAAAGUCACCACACCCACUACAACAGUCUACAGGUAAGCAGCUCAUGAUGUUUAGUUGUAAAUGACACAUCACAGAAUAUUAUUUGGUGUACGGCAAAUAUUCAGAAGACGGAUUUAUCAUGUUGGUGAAUUUGAAGAACAGAAAUAGGACAGCACUCCGGUAAAUAAACUUCAAUUGAAAUUUGUACUGCCGCACAAACGUUUCGUGUAUGAGCCCUUCAGCGUGCAAGGCAAUGGCAAUCAAUGUCACAACAACAAGACCACACAGGUGGGCAUAAUUAUAAAUUCAGUCAGUUUUGGCUCAAUCAAGAGAUCCCAGCAGAGGGAGCUGUGGGGGAAACAUGACAAUCAAAUAAAGAUCUAUAGACACACAAUACAAAUACAUUGUCAAUACCUAAAUGUUUUGCCUAUUUAUAACCUACUACAAAAAAACAAGAAAAAUAACAUUCCUCAUUAAGGCCUGCUGGGGCAAGAGUGGUCAAGCGGUCUAUCCAAUAUGUCUCUCUUUGGAGAAGUAAUUCAUCCCUCGCUCCUCCCCUACGUGGCGCUUUCACCAAUUCAAUGCCCAUAUAACGUAAGGCACUUAGUUCAUGUUUAUGGCUAUUGAAAUUCCUGUCAACGGGUGAUUUAUUUUUUCAUCAUGGUUGCGAAUGGAGCUCUUAUGUUCACAUAUCCUUGUCUUAAGUUCAUGUUUGGUCUUGCCCACAUAAUAAAAGUUACAGGAACAUUUAAGGAGAUAUACAACAUAUUUUGUGUUACAUGUUAUUCUACCUCAGACCUUUAUCCUCUCACUGGAAUGGGGAUGGAUAAGAGAGUUCCCUCUGAUCAGUUGUGACAAGGGAAAUUGCCAUCAGGAAUGAUAGACAUUAAAUCCAAUGCUUUUUUCUUAGGCAAAUCUGACUGUACUAAACAAUCCUGUAAAUUUGAGUGUCUCUUAUAGCAAAACCUCAGGAGGGAUUCAAACGCUUUACCAAAGCUGGGGUCGCUGUAUAAUAUAUGCCAAUGUUUAUUAACCACUUCUUUGAUCGACCUCGAAAUGGGACUGUAGGUGGACACCAAAGUUAAGAGGAAGGAGAGGGAUUCCUUUGACGUGGUUGCAGUAAUGCAGUCCACUGAGUUUGUCUUACUCUCAAGGGAAUUGUCCAAUAAUUAUUCUUUAUACCCUCUUGUUUUGAAUCGUUCACAUAAAUCUUUGGCAUGUACAUCAAAUUAUAAAUCAGUCACAAAUGCGCCUAAUGCGAAGGAGUUGGCUAUAUGGUAAACUAUUUCUUUAAUGAAUUUGAAGACCCUCACUGGUCCCUGCCCUGCUAAAAUGAGUUAUCCACUAUUUUAGAUGUGGGCCUUUGAUUGACCUGUGUCGUGGGCCCCACGUAAGACACACAGGAAAGAUUAAAGCAUUGAAGAUCUACAAGGUAUGUGAAGCACGCAGACAGACCACAAUAUCCAAUCACUUCUUCAGCUGAAAAACAAUGUCACAGUAUCUCCUCUCCGCUCCAUUCCUUUCCUGUAAUAUCGACAGAACUCUUCUACGUACUGGGAGGGCCGCUCGGACAUGGAGACCCUGCAGCGUAUCUACGGCAUCUCCUUCCCAGACUCCAAGAUGCUGAAGGAGUGGGAACGCUUUCAGGAGGAGGCUAGGAACAGAGACCAUCGGAAGAUUGGAAAGGUCAGUCCUCACAGUGGGGGAGUCACUUUGGGAGUUGACUGAGGAAGACUAUUAGUGGGAUCAGGUGUUUGGGUUUCUUCUGCACUGAUAUCUAAACACAAGCCAUUGAAAGAGACCCUCAAUUAAUAUAAGGAUAUAAUACUGAACAAAUAUAUAAACGCAACAUGCAACAAUUUCAAAGAUUUGGCUGAAUUACAGUUCAUAUAAGGAAAUCAGUCAAUUUAAAUAAAUAAUUCAUUAGGCCCUAAUCUAUGGAUUUCACAUGACUGGGCAGUGACGCAGCCAUGGGUGUGCCUGGGAGGGCAUAGGUCCACCCACUUGUGAGCCAGGCCAACCCAAUGGGAGCCAGGCCCAGCCAAUCAGAAUGUGUUUUAUCCCACAAAAGGGCAUUGUUACAGACAGGGAUCUUUUAUUUCAACUCACGAAACAUGGGACCAGCACUUUACAUGUUGCUUUUAUAUUUUUGUUCAGUGUAUUUUAGUGGUCAGUUUUAUCCAAAGUGACUUACAGAACUGUCAACAUUGAAAGUAACACAUCACUCUAAUUUACUAUAUUUUACAGACAGACCUAUAAAGGCGUCAGCAAGCUUCAGUUCGGCGAUCCGAACGAGUGUGCUCGCAUACUCCCUUAAAUACCUUUGCUUGGAAAAAAAAAAGUGGAAAUAGUACUGUUUGGCCAUUUUGAGAUGCCGUAGCCAGUAUACACUUCCUAAAAAAAAAGUCUGAAUUAAUCUAAAAUAACUCAAGAACUCUGAAGAAUCCCUAAAGUUGACCACUCACGGACGAAGGGGCGUAUACUUUGGCUCCCAAACUUCAUCUGGCCUCGGAAAAAAUGUGUGCCCGAACAGCCCAAAAAAUACUUUCCGAAAUCCAAAACGAACAAAAACAUCAAGACACAAUGUCUUCAUAAUAUAUGCACAAACUCUUCUGAACUGUUUCGACUGGGAAGUAUGAGGACGCUUUAAGCACUGCGUGCCUAGUGUUGUUGCUUGGUUGUCCCUGUAGGGGGUGCUGUGUGUCUAACUGCAUGUUGUAUCAGUGAGUCAUGCUAUGUGAGCUCCAGCUGGUCCUCAGGCAGGCUGGAUCUAUCCUCCCUGUGGGAGACACAGAUGGCAGCAGCCCCACGGCCAAGCCACAACUGAUUAAAACACAACACUGAUCUCUUUAUUAAACCAUGGACUCACUGCUGCUUUUAUUUUCAUUGUUGUUAACCAGGGGGACAAAGUCUAAAGUUAUUUCUGAACAUGUUACUCCUAUGAUGGUGUGAUCCUAUUCAUUUAGAAGUAGAGGAAACGUCUGUGGGUGUCAUUCAUGGACAGAUUUGCUAUCGUUUGAUUUAACAUGUUCCCCACAGAGAGGAAGCUGCCUCACUAUCUGUAACUGUCAAUAUCUGUGAAGUCAUGAAGCUUCCUCUCUGUUUGUCUCUACUGUACGACAGGAACAGGAACUGUUUUUCUUCCAUGACCUGAGCCCUGGCAGCUGCUUCUUCCUCCCGCGUGGAGCCUACCUGUACAACACACUCACUGACUUCAUCAGGGUAAGACAAGACCAACCAGCCUCAACCACCUACACCUGAUCGUAGCCAAAAGGCAGAGAAGCAAUCCGUUCAGCUUCUGCCAAGAAACUACAAUACCCACCUGUAGAAUUCACUAUUACAGCAUGUUCAUGUACUACUUUGGUACUUUAUAACCAUAGUAACCAUUAGAAUGCUGAAGUUCAGUACCAUUCAGUCAUGCUGUGAUCUGGUGACUGUACUGUGCAGGAGGAGUACUGUAGAAGAGGUUUCCAGGAGGUGGCCUCUCCUAACAUCUAUAACAGUAAGCUGUGGGAGACUUCUGGCCACUGGCAGCACUACAGCGACAACAUGUUCUCCUUCCCAGUGGAGCAGGACAUCUUUGCACUGAAGCCCAUGAACUGUCCUGGACACUGGUAGGUACAUUGGUUUGUUAUUGGGCCGAUUUCCCGGACACAUAUUAAGCCUGGUCCUGGACUAAAAACCAACUCCGUGGCCUUGUGGUUAGAGUGUCCGCCCUGAGAAUGGAGGGUUGGGAGUUCAAUCCCCGGUCGAGUCAUACCAAAAACUGUAAAAAUGGGACCCAAUGUGUCUGCUUGGAACUCAGCAUUAAGGAGAUAGAUUGGGGGUAAGGCCCUGCAAUAGUCUAGCGUCCUCUCCAGGGGGUGUACUUAUACAUCAUGCUGCAGAAACAGGAGAUGCAAGGCCACUUGCUUGCUUACUUACUUACUGGACUAAAAACCAUGCUCAAUGGAGAAUAUCCACUGAAAUAACUUUUUACUCCAGGACUAGGCUUAAUCUUUGUCUGGGAAACAGGCCCUUCCUAUAUGUUAUUGGUUAAUAUGAAAGUAUGAUGGUUUAUAAGGAAGGGACUUUCAAAGCAUUUAUGUAACCUUAACUCCUCCCAUUGCUUCAACGGCAUAUCUUAUCAUCCAUCACCCUCUCUUUCCGUCCACCUUCUCCUGGAUCCUCCCAUCCUCUUCUUCCUCAGUCUGAUGUUCAGCCACAGGCCUCGGUCGUGGAGGGAGCUUCCUCUGAGACUGGCUGAUUUCGGGGUGCUCCAUAGGAAUGAGCUUUCAGGGACACUGACCGGCCUUACGAGGGUGCGCCGCUUCCAACAGGAUGAUGCUCACAUCUUCUGCACAAUGGAACAGGUAGGUGACCAGACCAGCUAUGGCUAUUGAAGAGGAACAUCUUAUUAAAGUAGCUAGGUACCAGGGUUGUGGUCAAUUCCAUUUCAAUUCAGGAAGUAAAUAGACAUUUUUGUUCCAAUUUUCCUCAUUGCUUCUUGAAAUGGAAUUGACCCCAACCCUGCUGGGUACUUAACCUCCUUGCCAUUCAGAUGACCCUCUGUAUUCCCUUGCUCUCUCCUGCAGAUUGAGUCUGAGAUGAAGGGCUGUCUGGACUUCCUCCGCUGUGUCUACGAUGUCUUUGGCUUCUCUUUCCAGCUGCACCUCUCAACCCGUCCAGAGAAGUACCUAGGAGAUAUCGCUGUCUGGAACCAGGCUGAGAAGGUAGAAUUAAACAUGCGUGCGUGUCCAUGAAAUAUUCCUGAAAUGUCACAUAGAGAAACAUCAUUUAAAGAAAGAAUGACUCUCACGAAAUGACCCAGAAUAUAUUUUAAAUGUAUGUUAAUUGAUUCCCUCUAUUUGAAAGCAACUGGAAAACAGCCUGAAUGAGUUUGGGGAGCCAUGGAAACUAAACCCCGGAGACGGUGCUUUCUAUGGACCCAAGGUUUGUAUUACAACCACUGAUAUUUCCUUGCUAUAUAUUUUCUUCACCCCUUCAAUUAAAUAAGGUCUAGAAUGAUCAGGAAAUCAAUGUAAUUAAAUGUUUGUAGCUAUUAUAGCCAUCUAUUUCCCUGAUAGAUAUUGCAUUCCCCCUUCAAUUAAGUAAGGUCUAAAACUCUCAGGAAGUAAUACUUUUGUUGUGCCAUUUCAGAUUGACAUUAAGAUCAAAGAUGCUAUUGGCCGGUAUCAUCAAUGUGCAACCAUUCAGCUGGACUUCCAGCUUCCCAUCCGCUUUAACCUGACCUUUGUGGGGUGAGUGAGUCACCUAAUCAAACUAGUCGUGACACAAUGCUGAGUCUGUAUCCUGUUAUAGGAGGCAAGAUUAGUCAGUAAUCCCUCCUUCAAUACGAGUUCUCACCUGAACACUUUGUACUAGAAAGUUGAUUUAAAAGUCCUUAAAAUAAAAAAAAUUCAAGUAGUUUUUUAAUGAGGUAGAGAACAUUAUGAAGCUCUAUAAACAACUGUAUAAAUUAUAUUCAUAAAGGUCAUACCAGUCACACUUUUUUUAUCUCAAUGAGACUAACCUUUACAAAUAAAGGUUGAAUAAAUAAGUAGUUGUAAUUGAACAUGAAGUGGUGCUGUGACUGAUAGUGAUGUUUAAUCCUGUUAACCCUGUGACAUGCAGGAAGGAGGGGGAUGACAAAGCGAGGCCUGUCAUCAUCCACCGGGCCAUUCUAGGCUCUGUGGAGAGGAUGAUAGCCAUCCUCACUGAGAACUACGCAGGGAAAUGGUGAGUAGCAAAGAGGACCAAUUAAUUUGUUGAGUGUUACAUAAGAUGCAAUCAUAGACUGAAAAAUCAGUCAUGUAUAUAGAUGUGUUUUCUGCUCUUAAAUGUCUUAAUUAUGUGUGUGUGUAUGUAUGUAUGAGCGUGUGUAUGUAUAUAUGUGUAUAUAUAUAUAUAUAUAUAUAUAUAUAGUGAGGAAAAAAUGUAUUUAGUCAGCCACCAAUUGUGCAAGUUCUCCCACUUAAAAAGAUGAGAGGCCUGUAAUUUUCAUCAUAGGUACACGUCAACUAUGACAGACAAAUUGAGGAGAAAAAAUCCAGAAAAUCACAUUGUAGGAUUUUUAAUGAAUUUAUUUACAAAUUAUGGUGGAAAAUAAGUAUUUGGUCACCUACAAACAAGCAAGAUUUCUGGCUCUCACAGACCUGUAACUUCUUCUUUAAGAGGCUCCUCUGUCCUCCACUCGUUACCUGUAUUAAUGGCACCUGUUUGAACUUGUUAUCAGUAGAAAAGACACCUGUCCACAACCUCAAACAGUCACACUCCAAACUCCACUAUGGCCAAGACCAAAGAGCUGUCAAAGGACACCAGAAACAAAAUUGUAGACCUGCACCAGGCUGGGAAGACUGAAUCUGCAAUAGGUAAGCAGCUUGGUUUGAAGAAAUCAACUGUGGGAGCAAUUAUUAGGAAAUGGAAGACAUACAAGACCACUGAUAAUCUCCCUCGAUCUUGGGCUCCACGCAAGAUCUCACCCCGUGGGGUCAAAAUGAUCACAAGAACGGUGAGCAAAAAUCCCAGAACCACACGGGGGGACCUAGUGAAUGACCUGCAGAGAGCUGGGACCAAAGUAACAAAGCCUACCAUCAGUAACACACUACGCCGCCAGGGACUCAAAUCCUGCAGUGCCAGACGUGUCCCCCUGCUUAAGCCAGUACAUGUCCAGGCCCGUCUGAAGUUUGCUAGAGUGCAUUUGGAUGAUCCAGAAGAGGAUUGGGAGAAUGUCAUAUGGUCAGAUGAAACCAAAAUAGAACUUUUUGGUAAAAACUCAACUCGUCGUGUUUGGAGGACAAAGAAUGCUGAGUUGCAUCCAAAGAACACCAUACCUACUGUGAAGCAUGGGGGUGGAAACAUCAUGCUUUGGGGCUGUUUUUCUGCAAAGGGUCCAGGACGACUGAUCCGUGUAAAGGAAAGAAUGAAUGGGGCCAUGUAUCGUGAGAUUUUGAGUGAAAACCUCCUUCCAUCAGCAAGGGCAUUGAAGAUGAAACGUGGCUGGGUCUUUCAGCAUGACAAUGAUCCCAAACACACCGCCCGGGCAACGAAGGAGUGGCUUCGUAAGAAGCAUUUCAAGGUCCUGGAGUGGCCUAGCCAGUCUCCAGAUCUCAACCCCAUAGAAAAUCUUUGGAGGGAGUUGAAAGUCCGUGUUGCCCAGCGACAGCCCCAAAACAUCACUGCUCUAGAUGAGAUCUGCAUGGAGGAAUGGGCCAAAAUACCAGCAACAGUGUGUGAAAACCUUGUGAAGACUUACAGAAAACGUUUGAGCUGUGUCAUUGCCAAUAAAGGGUAUAUAACAAAGUAUUGAGAAACUUUUGUUAUUGACCAAAUACUUAUUUUCCACCAUAAUUUGCAAAUAGAUUCAUUAAAAAUCCUACAAUGUGAUUUUCUGGAUUUUUUUUCUGAUUUUGUCUGUCAUAGUUGACUUGUACCUAUGAUGAAAAUUACAGGCCUCUCAUCUUUUUAAGUGGGAGAACUUGCACAAUUGGUGGCUGACUAAAUACAUUUUUUCCCCACUGUAUAUAUACACACACACACACACACACAGUGGGGAGAACAAGUAUUUGAUACACUGCCGAUUUUGCAGGUUUUCCUACUUACAAAGCAUGUAGAGGUCUGUAAUUUUUAUCAUAGGUACACUUCAACUGUGAGAGACGGAAUCUAAAACAAAAAUCCAGAAAAUCACAUUGUAUGAUUUUUAAGUAAUUAAUUUGCAUUUUAUUGCAUGACAUAAGUAUUUGAUCACCUACCAACCAGUAAGAAUUCUGGCUCUCACAGACCUGUUAGUUUUUCUUAAAGAAGCCCUCCUGUUCUCCACUCAUUACCUGUAUUAACUGCACCUGUUUGAACUUGUUACCUGUAUAAAAGACACCUGUCCAAAAAUUGUAGACCUGCACAAGGCUGGGAUGGGCUACAGGACAAUAGGCAAGCAGCUUGGUGAGAAGGCAACAACUGUUGGUGCAAUUAUUAGAAAAUGGAAGAAGUUCAAGAUGACGGUCAAUCACCCUCGGUCUGGGGCUCCAUGCAAGAUCUCACCUCGUGGGACAUCAAUGAUCAUGAGGAAGGUGAGGGAUCAGCCCAUAACUACACGGCAGGACCUGGUCAAUGACCUGAAGAGAGCUGGGACCACAGUCUCAAAGAAAACCAUUAGUAACACACUACGCCGUCAUGGAUUAAAAUCCUGCAGCGCACGCAAGGUCCCCCUGCUCAAGCCAGCGCAUGUCCAGGCCCAUCUGAAGUUUGCCAAUGACCAUCUGGAUGAUCCAGAGGAGGAAUGGGAGAAGGUAAUGUGGUCUGAUGAGACAAAAAUAUAGCUUUUUGGUCUAAACUCCACUCGCCGUAUUUGGAGGAAGAAGAAGGAUGAGUACAACCCCAAGAACACCAUCCCAACCGUGAAGCAUGGAGUUGGAAACAUCAUUCUUUGGGGAUGCUUUUCUGCAAAGGGGACAGGACGACUGCACCGUAUUGAGGGGAGGAUGGAUGGGGCCAUGUAUCGCGAGAUCUUGGCCAACAACCUCCUUCCCUCAGUAAGAGCAUUGAAGAUGGGUCGUGGCUGGGUCUUCCAGCAUGACAAAGACCCGAAACACACAGCCAGGGCAACUAAGGAGUGGCUCCGUAAGAAGCAUCUCACGGUCCUGGAGUGGCCUAGCCAGUCUCCAGACCUGAACCCAAUAGAAAAUCUUUGGAGGGAGCUGAAAGUCCGUAUUGCCCAGCGACAGCCCCGAAACCUGAAGGAUCUGGAGAAGGUCUGUAUUGAGGAGUGGGCCAAAAUCCCUGCUGCAGUGAGUGCAAACCUGGUCAAGACCUACAGGAAACGUAUGAUCUCUGUAAUUGCAAACAAAGGUUUCUGUACCAAAUAUUAAGUUCUGCUUUUCUGAUGUAUCAAAUACUUAUGUCAUGCAAUAAAAUGCAAAUGAAUUACUUCAAAAUCAUACAAUGUGAUUUUCUGGAUUUUUGUUUUAGAUUCUGUCUCUCACAGUUGAAGUGUACCUAUGAUAAAAAUUACAGACCUCUACAUGCUUUGUAAGUAGGAAAACCUGCAAAAUCGGCAGGUUAUCAAAUACGUGUUCUCCCCACUGUAUAUAGUGUUUUGAUUUGCUACUUAUCCAGCCAUAAUGUUUCUUCUCCAGGCCCCUCUGGCUGUCCCCACGUCAGGUGAUGUUUGUGCCUGUCAACCCUACCUGUGAAGAAUAUGCCAAGAGGGUAAGCCUUCUAUCUCCCAAACUUGUCUUCCUUUCAUAUUUCUACAGUUUAUGAUCAGGGCCGGAUUAAGAAAUCAUAGGCCCUUCCCGGUACACCAUCAUUUUCUGUGAACAAAUCUGUGUACCAAGAUGCAAAUUUGAUGCAUGGUACAUGUACUGUUGAAGAAAAGCGUCUUUAUAGUAAAGCCAUAAUAACGUUUGCCAUGUGGCAUAGGCUACAGUUGAGCAGAGGCAGUUCCUCAUCAUUUACAUGACAGAAGGCAUUAGCUGAAUCUUUUUGAAUACCACACAAAUGACUGAAAUGAGUGGCUACUCUGACUGACAAAUUGAGAUCAAUCUGGUCUUGAAUUCAAACAAACAAUAGCCCAGGCCAAUGAAAUGACAAACAGAUUGUACGAUAUUAGGAGGAUAUAUAUAUAUAUAUACAUACACACACAGUAGGCUACUAAAUAACAUUUCCAGUGGCACACUGACUCACCUAAUUAAGAUUCAACCAUAAGCUACUCACUGCAAAAGGCAAACCGACAGCUGCAACCAAUCAUAGAAAUAUAAUCCAUAGAUGGCAGUUCCCAUUCAAGUCAGGACUGGCAUCCAUUGCUAGUGUAGCCAUGAGUUUAACAGUCAAAUUGCCAGGGUAAGAGGUUACAAAACCCUUCUAUGGAUUAUGUCUAUGGCCACAAUGAAACAAGCUGUAUAUUUGGUGUGCAUGCUCCCAAACUGCAGCCUUUGUGACUGUAGGCAUACCGGUAACUGCCAAAAUAAAGGAAACAUUUGAGUAAAUGAGGAAUACAAACUAAAUGUUAUGGUGUGGGGUGCAGUUUCCUGGCAUAAUUUAGGUCCACUUGUAAAAUCUAUGGCAAGGUGCAUUGAAGCUGUUCUGGCAGCUCGUGGUGGUCCAACACACUUUUAAGACACUUUGUGUUGGUGUUUCCUUUAUUUUGGCAGAUACCUGUAUGUGCAUGUGAUAAAUUAAUCUGGUUAAUUUGUAUUAACUAUUGAUACGCUAUGGUUAAAUUAUGCUCUGUGGUGUAUUUUGAACAUGCUGAGUGGGCUCCUGUGGUUGGAUUUUUAAAAAAAGUGUGUGUGUGUAUAUAUGUAUAUGUAUGUGUGUGUAUUAUAUAUAUAUAUAUAUCAUACACUGAACAAAAAUAUAAAUGCAACAAUUUAAAAGAUUUUACAGAGUAACAGUUCAAAUAAGGAAAUCAGUCAUUUCAAAUAAAAUCAUUAGGCCCUAAUCUAUGGAUUGCACAUGACUGGGAAUACAAAUAUGCAUCUGUUGGUCGCAGAUACAGUGCAUUCGGAAAGUAUUCAGACCCUUUGACUUUUUCCACAUUUUGUUAGGAUACAGCCUUUUAUUCUAAAAUGUAUUUUAAAAAUGUCCCUCAUCGAUCUACACACAAUACCCCAUAAUGACGAAGCGAAAACAGGUUUUUAGAACGUUUUUUGCAAAUGUAUUAAAAAUAAAACAGCAGAUACCUUAUUUACAUAAGUAUUCAGACUCUUUGCUAUGAGACUCGAAAUUGAGCUCAGGUGUAUCCUGUUUCCAUUGAUCAUCCUUGAGAUGUUUCUACAACUUGAUUGGAGUCCACCUGUGGUAAAUUCAAUUGAUUGGACACGUUUUGGAAAGGCACACAGCUGUCUAUAUAAGGUCCCACAGUUGACCGUGCAUGUCAGAGCAAAAACCAAAAAGAGCAAUCGGGGGAGAAGGGCCUUGGUCAGGGAGGUGACCAAGAACCCGACGGUCACUCUGACAGAGCUCCAGAGUUCGUCUGUGGAGAUGGGAGAACCUUCCAGAAGGACAACUAUCUCUGCAGCACUCCACCAAUAAGGCCUUUAUGGUAGAGUGGCCAUACGGAAGCCACUCCUCAGUAAAAGGCACAUGACAGCCCGCUUGGAGUUUGCCUAAAGGACUCAGACCAUGAGAAAAAAUAUUCUCUGUUCUGAUGAAACCAAGAUUGAACUCUUUGGCCUGAGUGCCAAGCGUCACGUCAGGAGGAAACCUGGCACCAUCCCUACGGUGAAGUGUGAUGGUGGCAGCAUCAUGUUGUGGGGAUGUUUUUCAGCGGCACGGACUGGGAGACUAGUCAGGAUCGAGGGAAAGAUGAACGGAGCAAAGUACAGAGAGAUCCUUGAUGAAAACCUGCUCCAGAGCUGUCAGGACCUCAGACUGGGGUGAAGAUUCACCUUCCAACAGGACAAUGACCCUAAGCACACAGCCAAGACAAUGCAGGAGUGGCUUCGGGACAAGUCUCUGAAUGUCCUUGAGUGGCCCAGCCAGAGCCCGGACUCGAUCAAACAUCUCUGGAGAGACCUGAAAAUAGCUGUGCAGUGAUGCUCCCCAUCCAACCUGACAGAGCUUGAUAGGAUCUACAGACAAGAAUGGGAGGAAACUCCCAAAAUACAGGUGUGCCACACUUGUCGCGUCAUACCCAAGAAGACUUAAGGCUGUAAUCGCUGCCAAAGGUGCUUCAACACUGAGUAAAGGGUCUGAAUACUUUAUAAAAAAAUUUUUUGCUUUGUCAUUAUGGGGUAUUGUGUGUAAAUUGAUGGGGAGAAAAACAAUUGAAUCCUUUUUAGAAUAAGGCUGUAACGUAACAAAGUGUGGAAAAAGUCAAGGGGUCUGAAUAAUUUCAGAAUAAACUACCUUAAAAAAAAAUAUAUAUAUACACACACUGCUCAAAAAAAUAAAGGGAACACUAAAAUAACACAUCCUAGAUCUGAAUGAAUGAAAUAAUCUUAUUAAAUACUUUUUUCUUUACAAAGUUGAAUGUGCUGACAACAAAAUCACACAAAUUAUCAAUGGAAAUCAAAUUUAUCAACCCAUGGAUGUCUGGAUUUGGAGUCACCCUCAACAUUAAAGUGGAAUACCACACUACAGGUCCAACUUUGAUGUAAUGUCCUUAAAACAAGUCAAAAUGAGGCUCAGUAGUGUGUGUGUGGCCUCCACGUGCCUGUAUGACCUCCCUACAACGCCUGGGCAUGCUCCUGAUGAGGUGGCGGAUGGUCUCCUGAUGGAUCUCCUCCCAGACCUGGACUAAAGCAUCCGCCAACUCCUGGACAGUCUGUGGUGCAACGUGGCGUUGGUGGAUGGAGCGAGACAUGAUGUCCCAGAUGUGCUCAAUUGGAUUCAGGUCUGGGGAACGGGUGGGCCAGUCCAUAGCAUCAAUGCCUUCCUCUUGCAGGAACUGCUGACACACUCCAGCCACAUGAGGUCUAGCAUUGUCUUGCAUUAGGAGGAAUCCAGGGCCAACCGCACCAGCAUAUGGUCUCACAAGGGGUCUGAGGAUCUCAUCUCGGUACCUAAUGGCAGUCAGGCUACCUCUGGCGAGCACAUGGAGGGCUGUGCGGCCCCCCAAAUAAAUGCCACUCCACACCAUGACUGACCCACCGCCAAACCGGUCAUGCUGGAGGAUGUUGCAGGCAGCAGAACGUUCUCCACGGCGUCUCCAGACUCUGUCACGUGCUCAGUGUGAACCUGCUUUCAUCUGUGAAGAACACAGUGCGCCAGUGGCGAAUUUGCCAAUCUUGGUGUUCUCUGGCAAAUGCCAAACGUCCUGCACGGUGUUGGUCUGUAAGCACAACCCCCACCUGUGGAUGUCGGGCCCUCAUACCACCCUCAUGGAGUCUGUUUCUGACCGUUUGAGCAGACACAUGCACAUUUGUGGCCUGCUUGAGGUCAUUUUGCAGGGCUCUGGCAGUGCUCCUCCUGCUCCUCCUUGCACAAAGGCGGAGGUAGCAGUCCUGCUGCUGGGUUGUUGCCCUCCUACGGCCUCCUCCACGUCUCCUGAUGUACUGGCCUGUCUCCUGGUAGCGCCUCCAUGCUCUGGACUCUACGCUGACAGACACAGCAAACCUUCUUGCCACAGCUCGCAUUGAUGUGCCAUCCUGGAUGAGCUGCACUACCUGAGCAACUUGUGUGGGUUGUAGACUCCGUCUCAUGCUACCACUAGAGUGAAAGCACCGCCAGCAUUCAAAAGUGACCAAAACAUCAGCCAGGAAGCAUAGGAACUGAGAAGUGGUCUGUGGUCACCACCUGCAAAACCAGUCCUUUAUUGGGGGUGUCUUGCUAAUUGCCUAUAAUUUCCACCUGUUGUCUAUUCCAUUUGCACAACACGAUGUGAGAUGUAUUGUCAAUCAGUGUUGCUUCCUAAGUGGACAGUUUGAUUUCACAGAAGUGUGAUUGACUUGGAGUUACAUUGUGUUGUUUAAGUGUUCCCUUUAUUUUUUUGAGCAGUGUAUAUUUUAAAAAAGCAGUGAAUCUGAAAACUAGUCAGUAUCUGCUGUGACCACCAUUUGCCUCAUCCAGUGCGACACAUCUCCUUCGCGUAGAGUUAAUCAGGCUGUUGAUUGUGGCCUGUGGAAUGUUCUCCCAAUCCUCUUCUAUGGCUGUGUGAAGUUGCUGGAUAUUGGCGGGAACUGGAACACGCUGUCGUACACUUUGAUCCAGAGCAUCCCAAACAUUCUCAAUGGGUGACAUGUCUGGUGAGUAUGCAGGCCAUGGAAGAACUGGUAAAUUUUCAGCUUCCAGGAAUUGUGUACAGAUCCUUGAGACAUGGGGCCGUGCAUUAUCAUGCUGAAACAUGAGGUGAUGGUGGCGGAUGAAGGGCACGAUAGUGCAAAUUCUUUGUCCAUUAAAAUAACAUCAAAUUGAUCAGAAAUACAGUGUAGACAUCGUUAAUGUUGUAAAUGGCUAUUGUAGCUGGAAACGGCUGAUUUAAAAAAAAAAAUGGAAUAUCUACAUAGGCGUACAGAGGCCCAUUAUCAGCAACCAUCAGUCCUGUGUUCCAAUGGCACGUUGUGUUUGCAGUCUAUUCUUGUUCUGGCAGCUUCAUUAAAUAGUACCCGCAAAACACCAGCCUCAACAUCAACAGUGAAGAGGUGACUCCGGGAUGCUGACCUUCUAGGCAGAGUUGCAAAGAAAAAGCCAUAUCUCAGACUGACCAAUAAAAAUAAAAGAUUAAGAUGGGCAGUCUGAGAUAUGGCUUUUUCUUUGCAACUCUGCCUAGAAGGUCAGCAUCCCGGAGUCGCCUCUUCACUGUUGACGUUGAGGCUGGUGUUUUGUGGGUACUAUUUAAUGAAGCUGCCAGUUGAGGACCUGUGAGGCGUCUGUUUCUCAAACUAGACACUCUAAUGUAUUUGUCCUCUUGCUCAGUUGUGCACCGGGGCCUCCCACUCCUCUUUCUAUUCUGGUUAGAGCCAGUUUGCACUGUUCUGUGAAGGGAGUAGUACACAGCGUUGUACGAGAUCUUCAGUUUCUUGGCAAUUUCUCGCAUGGAAUAGCCUUCAUUUCUCAGAACAAGAAUAGACUGACGAGUUUCAGAAGAAAGUUAUUUGUUUCUGGCCAUUUUGAGCCUGUAAUCGAACCCACAGUUGCAGAUACUCAACUAGUCUCAAGAAGGCCAGUUGUAUUGCUUCUUUAAUCAGCACAACAGUUUUCAGCUGUGCUAACAUAAUUGCAAAAGGGUUUUCUAAUGAUCAAUUUGCCUUUUAAAUGCUCAACUUGAAUUAGCAAACCCAACGUGCCAUUGGAACACAGGACUGAUGGUUGCUGAUAAUGGGCCACUGUACGCCUAUGUAGAUAUUCCAUUAAAAAUCAGCCGUUUCCAGCUACAAUAGCCAUUUACAACAUUAACAAUGUCCACACUGUAUUUCUGAUCAAUUUGAUGUUAUUUUAAUGGACAAAAAAAUUGCUUUUCUUUCGAAAACAAGGACAUUUCUAAGUGACCCCAAACUUUUGAACGGUAGUGUAUAUACAGUAUAUUUUCUUUAUUUUUUGUAAAAAAAUAACUAAUAAUUUGCUUCCUCUUGGGCCCCCCAUGGGCCUGGACCCCGGGGCUUCAGCCCCGGUAAGCCCCUGCAUGAAGCUGCACAUUCAUCAUUCCUUGAAAGUCUGUGUUUAUCAUGAUAUAAACUUACAUGUCUGUUGCUAGUUCCAUUUGAUCAGUUAAUCUUCCAGUCAUUUUUGAUGAAUUUGUAUUUACUGAGUGUUAAUUCUGUCUUUCAGAUGUGUAAACAGUUUGUGGAGGCCGGAUUCAUGGCAGACGCUGAUUUCGACUCCAGUUGCCUCCUAAACAAAAAGAUCCGCAACGCCCAGUUAUCCCAGUACAACUUCAUCCUGGGUAAGAAUAGUUUGUAUAGUAGAUUUUUUUUUAGCCAUUCAUAUAUUCAUGAUGCCUUUUACUAUCACAAUGUUGUUUGCUAGUAAACCUCAAAUAUUUUCAGUUUUCUUCCACUGAUAAAAACAACAUGAUUGUACUCAUCACUACUGAAAUGUUGUUGUUGAAAAUGUGAAUGUGUUAGGGCAGCUGUGUUUUCUGUGAUUUGGCAGUGUGGUGACUGUGAGCUUCUCUAUGUGCUUUGUGUCUUGGCAGUGGUCGGUGAGAAAGAGAAGCUGACUAACAGCGUGAACGUACGUACGAGGGACAACAAGGUUCAUGGAGAGCUGUCCGUCUCUGAGGUGCUGGCUCGCCUGACCCUGUUGAAAGAGUCACGCUGCCGGAACGCUGAGGAGGAGUUCUGAGGAAAGGCAGGGUGACCACAUGGUUCCCAGAAGAUGACAAAAUGUUUUAUGCCAGAUAGAAUUCUGUGGUUUUCUCUGUCACAAUAGAUGAACAAAAGGGACAUUUUGUGAAUGCAAAGAGGUCUGUGUGGGAAGGAUAGACAUGGAAAGGGGUAGAUUAAAUGUAUUGACAUGUUUGAAAAAUAUACAAUAUUUUCUACUCACUCACUUGAAACUGACAGAGCCUUUCUGUAUUUGGAGUAGUUGAAUAUGUAUAUUUCUUUGAUUGUCUAAUCAGUUUGAAAGAAUAGUGUCAAAGUGAGAAUGUAUUUGGUACAGUAGUGCAGGGUUUCUCAAACUCGGCCCUUGGGUUCCACAUUUUGGUUUUUGCCCUAGCACCACACAGCUGGUU